GGUGAUGUCGGAGCGUCGUUCGACGCACGAGUUUUUCCCUCUCUCUCCUCUUUUUCCAAAACGUGCACAUAUUUUCUCUCUCACUUUUUCUUUCGAUACCGAAUUUCAGAAUUAUCUCUCCAGUUUCUGUUCUCGUGAACGAAUUGGAAAAAGAAGUAAGACAUCUCCGUUUCGUUCUCGUGUUGCUCAUGCAAACUCUCGGAGUGGUGCACCGCGAGAUGAUUUUUCAUCGUUUGCUCUCGUACGCGAAGAGCAAAAUAAACGCGCGCCGGUGAAAGAUCUUGUCUCGCUUGUCGGAAGAGCAACAAGUGGAAAGUGCAUCGGAAAAUAUUUCGCGCCGUCAAAGUGGACUUUCUUGUUCGUGCGAGUUUAAACCGCGGUCACGUGGUAUACUCGUUGCCAAAAUCACAUAGCUUCACUUCCGAAGAAGCGUUCGUCGUUCUCGCUUGUCACUCGUAAAACUUUCGCGAAAUUUACAUCGCACAUAGAUAAAAAUCAAUUUCGGAUUUGAUCGUAAUCGAGAUCGUUUGUGUCGGCGCGACGAAAGAAUUUUCCGAAAAGGAUUAGUAUAGGGUAUUGUUCUGAAAAUCUUAAUGGAGAUGACAUGAUCAUUCUAGAAAUUUCGUCACGUGAAGAAGGCGGAAAUGCGAGGCGGUGCGAUCCGGUGUGAUUGAAGGAUCGUCUAAAAAUUGGCAGCAGUCGUCAACGGAUUAGCGGAACGAAAAUACGAUACCAAGUGCGAUAAAUACUGAUUUCCGUGCGCGAUCUAUCACAGGGUGAUCAACAUGACGUGCAACGACGCGGCGCGAAUUAAUGAAUGACGAGACUCGGAGUAGAGAGAGACACGAUAACGAGCGCGCGAAAGCGAAUCGGGAUUUUGCUCUUUUUUUUUCGCAUUCGACGAUUUACAGACUGUGUGAGUGCUUCUGUCAAUGAUCGCCUUUGUUCAGUGGUAUCAAAGAAUUGCGGGAAUUCUCGUGGACCAUGGCCACUGCCAUGAAGAAGAAACUCGUGGGCAACGUGACGUUACAACGCCUCGUCGUUGUCAUCUUUACAUUGAUCCUCAAUGAUCUGAAUGCUGAAGCACGUGGAUUUCGACACAACUUUAGGCAAGGUCACAGAGAAAGACCACACAGUAGUCUGAACAGGAGUUUGAAGACUAGUGGCCUCUUUCCAUCCACAUUCAAUGUUGCUGCGAAAGCAGACGUUUACGUAAAUGCGACGUGCGGUGAGGAGGGUCCAGAGACUUUUUGCAAACCCUCGGAAUCAUCGAGAUGCGCCGUCUGCGAUGCUAGGAGUCCGGAUCCUGGCAAGAGGCAUAACAUCAGCAACGUCCUCGGCUCAAGUCCUGGUAGAUGGUGGCAAAGCCCAACGUUAGCCAGAGGCGAUCAAUAUGAAUACGUGACGAUCCUCUUGGAUCUCAAACAGGUCUAUCAAGUGGAGUACGUGAUAGUGAAGGCCGCGAACUCGCCGAGACCCACGGCCUGGAUUUUGGAGAAAUCCUUGGACGGUGAAAAUUUCCAGCCGUGGCAAUAUUACGCACCGAACGAUGUGGAAUGCUGGACGAGAUUUUCGGUACCGUCUAUUACGAACAAAACCAUUCGCCUCAACGACGACGAAGUCAUAUGCACCAGUCAGUACUCCAGACAAACCCCCAUGGAGAACGGCGAGAUCCACACGCAUUUGGUGAACGGUCGACCCGGGGCCCUCAAUCACAGUACGACUCUGCAGGAAUUCACCCAGGCGAGAUACGUGCGGCUCCGUCUUCAGGGUCUUCGACGCAGCGGCGAGGCUUUCGCCGACAAGAGACGUGCCUUUUAUUCGAUAAAGGAAAUCAAUAUCGGAGGACGUUGCAUAUGCUCCGGACACUCGGCUCGAUGUCGAUACAGCGUACAUCACGGGCAUCAGGUAUGCGAAUGCGAGCGCCACACGUGCGGCGAAAGAUGCGAAAAAUGCUGCCCCAUGUACAAUCAGAUCUCAUGGCAGCCCGGCACAGCUGGCAAGGGCUUUCACUGCGAGAAGUGCAACUGCAAUGGCCAUGCAACGUCCUGCAUAUACGACAAGGAAGUAGCCGAGAAAGGACUGUCCAUGGAUAUUCGUGGGAAUUACCGAGGCGGCGGCGUGUGCGUCAAUUGCACGGACCAUACAGACGGUAUUAACUGCGAAAAAUGUCUGCCCGGCUACUACAGGCCGAAUGGCGUUGCACCCAACGCACCAGAACCAUGUUUGCCCUGCAACUGCGACAUAAGAGGUAGUACAGGCAACUGUACUCCCGAUGAUUCCUUCACGCGUAUGGGAAAGGUAGCAGGUGCCUGCGAAUGCAUACAGGGCUAUUCGGGAUAUAAGUGUGAUCAAUGUGCCGCCGGUUAUCGACAGUUUCCCUAUUGCUUUCCAUGUCCCUGCGAUCCCCGUGGGAUUCUGCCAUCCCACGAUUGCGAGGGCGACUGUUUGUGCAAAGCGAAUGUCAUCGGAGAAAUCUGCGACAGUUGCAAACCCGGAUAUUUCGCGCUUAUGAAGGAUAACAUCGACGGAUGUAUGCCCUGCUAUUGUUUUGGUGUAACAGAUCGCUGUACCACUGCGAGAUUAUUGUACAGAGAAAUUUCUACGCUGGAGAACUGGUUGGUGACCGACAUGAACGCGUCUCGGGCAGUCGUUCCCACCUUGGAGACGGACAACGAAUGGCUGACCGUGGCGGCAUUCGACGUCGAGUAUGACAGCCCUUUCUGGUUGGCGCCACAGAUUUACACAGGGAAUCGCGUAUCUUCAUACGGCGGCAAUCUCACAUACUCCGUUACGUGGAUUGUCAUGCGAGGUGACAGCAGCGGUAAAUCAACCACGGAUCCCAACGUUAUUCUAGUUGGUAACAAUGGGAUACGUAUAGCGUAUGGAGAGGAGCAAUACAACGGUCAAGAGGCCAAAAUCGUGGUACCUUUACGAGAGCAAGGCUGGUAUCACGUACGAAGCGACGUUCAGGACAUUCUGACUAGAUCGAGGAGAAUCGAUUUUCAUGGUAAUCCUGUGACGAGGGCGCAAAUGAUGAAUGUUCUCGCUGAUUUGAAGUACCUGAUGAUAAGGGUGCGAUAUCAUUCGGAACAAAUUGAAGGAAGGCUCCAAUCUGUUAUGUUGACCGUGGGCGAAUUAUCGCCGAAUGGCAUGACCAGUCAUCUCAUCGAAAAGUGCGAAUGUCCCGAGGGAUACACAGGAACGUCUUGCGAGGAAUGUGCUUGGGGAUACGUAAAAAUGCCCAUCAACGGUUCUAAUUAUCAGAACCAUCAUGUGUGUGUGAAAUGUGACUGCAACGGUCAUGCUGGCUCCUGCGAUCUCGUGAUGGGCGAAUGUGGAACAUGUGAACAUCAUACAGUAGGACCAAAGUGCGAUCGUUGCGCUACAGGAUAUUAUGGUAUCGCAACGAGAGGCACUAACGAGGAUUGUAAAAAAUGCGCAUGUCCGCUUGCCAUCGAGUCCAAUAAUUUUAGUCCGAGCUGUCAACUCGAUAAUCCCGCCGAUAUGAACAGUGGAUACGUUUGCACGCAGUGUCCCAAAGGAUACACCGGAGAUCAUUGUGAAACUUGUGAUGUAGGAUACUAUGGUAAUCCUCUGUUACCCGGCGGCACUUGCGAACAAUGUCCUUGUAAUGGUGGUAUCUGCGAUCAAGAAACGGGUCGUUGUUUAGAAUGUCGCGGCAAUACGGAAGGCUGGAAAUGUGACAGAUGCAAGGAAGCAUACUUCGGAAAUCCUUCGGAGCAAAAUUGCAUGCCGUGCGACUGUUCUCCCAUUGGCAGCAAUUCGAUCCAAUGUGAACAGACGACCGGUCAGUGUCCUUGCAAGUCUUUGUUCACCGGUCGUGACUGUUCCUCCUGCAUCGAGGGCUACGGGAAUGUGACCGCAGGUUGCCGGGAAUGCGACUGCGACGUGGGUGCCAUCGACGGGUUCUGCGAUUUCGUAAGCGGUGUGUGCAGGUGCGCGCCGGGCGUCGUGGGCUUCCGGUGCGAUCGUUGUGAUGUGGACCACUACGAUUUAUCAGCGGAUGGCUGCAAAGGAUGCGACUGCAACAAUUUGGGCUCCAUGAGUUCUGUUUGCGACAUCGUGUCCGGACAAUGUCAGUGCAAACCACAAGUUGUUGGCAGACAGUGCAACGAAUGCAAGGUCGGUUAUUGGGGAUUGACAUCGGGAGCAGGAUGCACACCUUGCGGCUGCGAUUCCAUGGGGUCUUAUAAUGCAUCUUGUCACAGUGGUACAGGAGAAUGCUACUGCAAGCCAGGUGUGGGUGGUCCGCGCUGUGACAGUUGUCAACCCGAAUAUUAUGGAUUUUCUCCGAACGGCUGUCAAUUGUGCGACUCGUGUGUGCGACCCGGUCACGUGUGCGACCCCGACACCGGUCGUUGCGUGUGUCCCCGCUUGACCUACGGCGAGCAUUGCGACCGGUGCAGACCGGGUGCGUGGGACCUGGUGCCGCAUGUUGGCUGCAGGCCAUGCGCCUGCACCCUCGGCGCCACGCGAUCCCAGUGCGACCACCAGGGUCAGUGCCCCUGCAGAAUCGGCUAUGACGGGCUCAGGUGCGAGAGAUGCGCCAGGGGUUACUACGGUUUUCCGAGGUGCCGUCCCUGUGGCUGCAGCUUAGCCGGCACGAUUCAAUGUCGAGACGGCAUUUGCGAAUGCGACGACAAGGGACAAUGUCCAUGCAAGGAAUUGGUCGUUGGACGACAGUGCAAUGAGUGCAAGGAAGGCACGUUCGGCCUUGCGGCAAACAAUGCCAGAGGAUGUACCGAGUGCUUCUGUUUCGGAAGGAGCGCUCUGUGUCAACAGGCUGGACUCGGUUGGGGUCAGCGCAGAUUAACCCGUCCUCGAGUUCUUUAUAUCAACGACACAGUCAGCGAUGUAAUAAUAACGAGCUUUGGCUCCACGACUGUAUUGCCAGCUGUGAACGGUGGAUUGAACGUGACGAAUGGCCUCUCUGUAAUCCCUGGAUCGGAUGGUGAUGUCACGAUGCCCACGAAUCUUUAUUACAGUUAUCCUUUGUACUGGAGACUACCGGAUUCUUUUCUGGGAGACAAGGUCGUUUCUUAUGGAGGAUUCCUCCGCUUUAAAACCUCGACGGAAGGUGGGAUACCUUUGAGAUCGAAUCUUCGAUAUCCUGUGGUGCAGUUGCAAGGCAAUAAUAAGAUUGUUUUAGAAUACUAUUUGCAUCUACCAGUGAGCGAUAAUCAUUACGAAGUCAGAUUCCAUGAAUCGUUAUGGCAGCUACAAAACAGACCGGAUUAUAAAGUUUCCAGGGACGUUCUAAUGGUCGCAUUACAAAACCUGCAGUACAUCCUCGUAAAAGCCUCGGACAACGCCGAAUUUACGAGAACCACACUUCUGGAGGCUUCUCUCGACGCCGCCGUCUUGACGCCUACGCACUCGCCAUCGCUGGCGACCGGAGUAGAGAUCUGCCAGUGUCCGCCGGAAUACAACGGCACGUCCUGCCAGGAUCCCAGUAUUGGUUUUUACAGGUGGUACAAGAACACCACCGCCACGUCUACCAUCGUGAUCGAUCUUGUCGGACAAGCGAGACGCUGCCAGUGCAACGGGAGAUCCGAGGUGUGCGACAGGGAGACGGGAUAUUGCUUGAAUUGCAGAGAAAAUACAGUUGGUGCACAUUGCAACGUUUGCGCUGACAGUUUCUAUGGUCAUCCGGAGUUUGGAGGCUGCAAACCAUGCCCAUGCCCACAAAUCGAUAAAAGAUUUUCAAGUACCUGUGUGGUUCGUGCGGAAAACGAACCUAUUUGUCACUGCAAGCCAGGUUACAUCGGUAGAAAAUGUGAACGUUGCGCCUACGGCUAUUACGGCUCUCCCGGCCUUCCGGACGGCAAGUGCGUUCCGUGCAAUUGCAACUUGGCAGGAAGUUUGAGCGACGUCUGCGACGGCGAGACAGGACAGUGCAAAUGCAGGCACGGAUCUACUGGCAGGGAUUGCUCUCAGUGUACGGCAUAUCGACAUGUUUACAUAAACAAUGUUUGCACUUCAUGCGAUGACAACUGUACGGGAAUUCUGCUCAAUACCAUAGCGGUACUAUCUGAAGAACUAGCCGCAGGAACAGGUCACAUAGCAGAUGGAUAUAUUCCACCUCCAUGGCUAGAACUGUCCUAUGUUGAUACCAACGCUACUGCGUAUCUCGAGGAACUGGAGCUGCAAACUCUUGUGCAGCAACGGAUGAAAAAUGUGCCGUGGCAUGAAUACAAGAAACUUGAGGGAGAUGUUGAAACUAUAUUAAGAAACCUUAACAAGCAAGCAACAUAUGCCGAUAUGUUGAAAACCAAGAGUGGCGACUUGAAAAAUAAUGUUUUUACAAUAAAGCUCAUGCUCGAUAAUUUAAAAAGAGACAUAGGAGAUACAAUUUCACAACUCAAUCAAUACAGCAACGAUAAUAGAAGAAUAGAAAUCAAGAAGGCCUUAAAAACAGCAAAGAUGAUCUUGAAUCGUCUAAAGUCUGUUGAUAUAGCCAAGAAAACCACAGAAGUGGAGAAUUUCCUCGACGGUGUUACCCCAUAUGUGGCGUGGCUGAAUUCUCUUUAUGAUGUGACUGAGCCUUUGAUGGCCAUCCAGGAUGACACUAAAGAUUACGAGAUAAAGUUGGAUGAUAUGAGACCGAUCAUAGAGAACACUAUGGAAACGCUGUUCACCUAUGACAGUUUAUACAAUCGUAUCAAUGGGACAUUCGUUGAGGCUAAACAUCAGUGCACUCGUAUCAGAAUGCUGCGUGAUGAAACGAACGAAACGAUUACCGAAGGAAAAAACCUUCUCGAUGAGGCUCAGGGUCUGCUCAUUGACGCGGAGAAUAACAUCCAAGACCUCCCAGACUCACGAGAUAAAUUAACAUACUGGACAGAGAAGCUGAGCAUGAAGGAGGAACUCCUAUAUCGACUAAAUUAUGAGUAUGGUGAAAAAUAUGUAGUACCGGCAAUGCAACACGCGAAAAAUCUAUCCAGUUAUGUCGACCAGUAUGUCAGUUUGUUUGCCGAGACACGAGAUAUUGCAGCUAGUCCUCUGAAGGCAAGCCAGGCAUACAAAAAUAUCGUUGACGGAUUGCAAGCAGCGAAAGUCACUGCGUUGGCAGCCAAGGAAGCCGCUGAGGAUGUAUAUAAAAAGGCUUUCCCUCCUUUGGGACAGAAAUCGCUAUUGGAUGAUGCUAAGGAAAUACUAGCCAAGUCUUCACAGCAGCGGGAAAUAGCGAAGAAGCAUGGUAAACUAGUCAAGAAUGCGAAUGCUGCGUUGGAGGCUCAAAAGCAAGCGGUGCUCGUAUUGAAAGAUACAUUGAACAGCACUGGGAUAAAGGACAACGAGAUAAAUGUGAAAUUACGAGAAUUGCAGAGUAAUAGUAAAAGAUUGCAUGAGGAUUUAUUGGAUAUCUCGCAGGAUAAUGAAGAAGUAGGAAAAUCGAUAAAAACCACGGAACGAUUAAUCGACGAUUACAAACAAAGCAUUGCUGAUAGAUUGAAACCAAAAUUGAACGAAUUGAAACGUGAAGGCGAUUCGAAAAUUGGUCUCGCCAGCGAAAAGUUGUCAGAAGCAUUGAGCAAUAUUAAAAAGGCUGAUGCGAAAUUAAUAAGCCUAUCAAAUGCUGCGAUGAAACGAAAAGCUGCCUUUGACAAAUGGAACGACACAUUAGCUACGAAACUGCAAAAUCUCAAAGACAAAAUUGCAGAAGCACGAAAUACUGCUGAGGGAAUUCGCGUUUCUGUGCGAUCGGUAGAAGGAAAGGAAUGUAUUCGUUCGUACAGGCCGACGACAUUGCAAUCAUCGUCAACAACAUCGAUUGUGAUGACAUUCGCACUUCCAACAGCACGCAAGGAAGGUUCUCUGUUUUAUUUGCCAAGUGGAAUUAACGACGAUUUCGUUGCUUUGGAAAUAUUCGAUAGGAAAGUGCGAUUUCUGUGGAAUGUUGGUGGAGGCACAAGCGUACUAACACAUCCUGAAGUUCUCGGAAGUGGCGAUCUACAGAACGAUACAUCUUGGUAUCGGAUCGAGGCUGAAAGAAUUCGACACACAGGCAAACUGAACGUGCUCAAGCAGGCUUCGACAUCCGGAAGGUAUCUCCCUGUUAUGAACUCGACUAACUCUGAGUAUGGUCGUUUUGACGUUUUACCUACGGACCGAUUGUGGAUAGGAGGUAUUCCUAAAUCGCAGAGAAGACCAGCAGAACUAAUCGCCGGUAAUGGCCUUCCGGGUUGCAUUCAUCAAGUUAUUCUCGACGGAAAGCAAAUUGGCCUCUGGAAUUUCAUUACGACAGCACCGGAUAUGGCUUGCAAAGCUUGCGUGGAAGGGGUGGAAGAUGCCAGAGAUGAUAUAGCUUAUAGUUUCAACGGCGAAGGCUAUGCCGUGAGAAACAGAGUUUCGUCUGGUCCAUAUAACAAAUACAUGUUUGGAGUCUCGAUCAAUUUUCGAACAUUUGAUGAGAAUGCAUUACUAUUUCUAGCCAUUAACAAAGAUAAUAAUCAGCACAUCAUGAUUUCCCUGCGGGAGGGCAGAGUGAUCCUCCACGUUGGCUAUGGUGGAAACGUCAGCAUGGAGAUGUCCUCGACUUACAAAUACAAUACUGGCAACUGGACAAAGGUAGACGCCUUCCGUCAGUAUCAAGUUCGCAAGAAUAUCGAAAAGUGCAGUCUUAGUAUCGGCGGCGAUGAUAAGCGAAUCGGUGCGCCCACACCGCAGCCCAAAAAAGAGGAUAUUCCGGAUUUGUCGCAGGCCAAAUAUUACAUCGGUGGUUUGCCACCGAGCUUCCGCGCCGAGAAAUUAAUGUUACCUUCGCAAGUAUCAUUUCUCGGAUGUAUGGCCAACAUUGUAGUACAGGAAGGCUAUGAUCCAAUGGCCGAACAAUAUUACGGGGUGGAAUCCAGUUGUGGUAAUAAGCCGUUGAGGAUAGUUGGAUUCUACGGGGAUGGAUAUCUCGAACAUUCCGCGUUCACUUUACGGAAGAUCCAAUCCGUUUUAAGCUUCUCCUUUAGAACUUUGCAAGAUGCAGCUAUGCUCCUUCUCUCUACAUUCGAGGGCACCGAAGACAGAUUAAGUGAUAGCGAAACAAAUAGAACCAGCUAUUAUUCCGUAUGCGUUCUCAAUGGACAAGUGCAAGUUCGUUUAAAUGCUGGCCAGGGCGAGUUGGUUCUUCAAUCGAACAACACUUUCAAUGACGGAAGAUAUCACUCAAUUACUGUUAUCAAGAAAAGAAAAGAAGUAGAAUUAAGAAUUGAUGAUGCGUAUCAGACGUCAGGAAGAUUGCGCAGCAGCAUCGCAAUUAAGGCUCCUGAAUCGAAUGGAGGACUUUUCUUUGGAGGAUUACCAGCUCUCAUCAAUAACACUAAGAUGGUAGCGACUAACACUCCAUUAUAUGGUGCUAUCAAGGAUGUGAUUUUCAAUGAUAUAAAUCUACAAUUUGAUGAUGCCGUUACUUUUGAUCAUGCUCUAAUUGGCCGUUCCGGGCCGAGUAUGGGGAAAGAUAUGCCGAGUUACGCACCAUCGGCGUCGUUGUCCCGAGGGAUGUCCACGCAACCCGAAGGAUGCCAGAAAGUGCCUUACUACUCGUUAGAAACGGGGGCUUUGAAAUUCGGCGAUAAGCCGCAUAGCCAUACGCAGCUUUACCUCAAUUUCAAGAAAUUCUGGGAGAAGAAAUAUACGAUAGAAUUCGAUUUUAGGACGUAUUAUCCCAACGGACUGUUGUUUAUUACUCCGGGUCUUAGAUUGAAACAUUAUCUGAUGGUGCUUGUCCGAGACGGGCAGCUUCUUCUGGUAGUGAAGAGCAAACAAAGAAAGGAGAUACUAUUUAAGACGCCAUUUAAUGAUGGCAAUUGGCAUCACGUUGUCAUCAGUCAUGAAGAUAGGAGGCUCACUCUAUUAGUGGACUCGCAGACACCACGUGUUCUCAAAGUACCGAAGAGGAUCGGUCUCGCGUCCAUGAUGUACAUCGGUGGCCUUCCGGAAAGUGGAACGCCUAUUCCAGAACAAGUAGUCGUCAAAUUGGAGACUCUAAAAGGAUGUAUGAGAGGCUUGAAUAUUAAUGGAAACAUCUUCGACAUGGUGGGUUCCACCAGCAGAGCUUACAAUGUUGGACAAUGCUUCCCGAGUGUCGAGAGUGGAGCGUAUUUCCAGGACGAGGCUUACGCUAUUUAUCGAAAUAACUUUGAGGUGGAUGGCGUGCUUGAACUUCAGUUAGAAUUCAGAACAUCAGAAAUGUCCGGCGUAUUGCUGUCGAUUACCGCACCCAGUGGCUCGCCUUCUCUGUCGCUGGAACUCAAUAGUGGUAAGGUGAUUAUGUCGGGCGAUCUGGGCGACAACAAUCCGCUGUACGUAGAGCAAGAAUUCUCCAGUCAGUAUGCGAUUUGCGACAAUCGAUGGCACAGAAUCCAAGCUGUAUACAAUGACGAGCAAUUGGCACUCAAGGUGGAUGAGCUGGACCAAAGAUACGGCCUGCCCACGAAUGUCAAUUAUCAUUUCAAUAGCUCCAUUUUCUCCGGCCCGUUGUACAUAGGCGGAAUACCAGAAAAUGCUCAGCAAGGCUCGUUGUUAACACGAGACCAUUUCAACGGAUGCAUCAGGAAUGUGAUGAUAAGAGGGGAAAGACGAGAUUGGACGGACAUGGCAGAGCUGCACAACAUCCAUCUGAGCUCCUGUCCGGUUCAAUGAUAGCGAGGCAUUAAAAGAAAAGGCAAUUUACCUCGGCGUUCAACGCUUUUAGUUCCAAAGACUGCUCGAUGAAUCGCGUUGGGUUCAACAACCGCACCGGGAUUAACGUGCCAUAUAUUCGCAAGCGACGAGUUUUUUAAGACUUAACAAAGCCAAAAGAUGCUAAACCGUAGACCGUUUCGUUAGGCUAAUCGUCGUAACUUGAAGAUAGAAAAGAAAAGGGAGAAGAGAUCGUGCGCGUCGGUCGCGCCGUGGCAAACGAUGGCACGAACAAUUUUGUUGUAUUCACGCAAAAACGUGUAAUGCAAACGGUGACACGAUACGCAUAAAUAGCGAGAUCACUGCCAUAUAGUUUAAUUAUUCGCUGUAAGCCGCAAACAAUCUGUACAUCAGUAUUUAAAAGCCAUUAUUUAUUAUCGUUAACCGUCGACCUCGGGAAUUCGUCGCGUUGACGAGCUAGCAAAUAGAGAAUAACGCGAAUACGUUUUGUACUUUUAUAGUUAGAUUUGUAUUGAAGCCCGAUAUGUAUGUACAUUAUAGAUUUUUAUUCAAACGACUUCGAGAAACAUGUAAGUGCUCUGUAAAAAAAAAAAGAAUGAAGUGUCCUUUAAUUACGCAGAGAGAUAAUCUUCGAAGAAUAUUUAUGAGAUAGAAGAAUAUUUAUGUUCAAUCUCUCUCAUACAUACACAUGCACACGAUCUUCGUUAAACUGUAAUAUAUUACACAUAUACAAGGAAAA